CACACGCAUGCGGCGGCAGACAACCUCGAUCAGGAUUCCAUGCUGUUUUGCGAUGCCUGCGACAAGGGCUAUCACAUGAAAUGUCACACGCCGAAGGUCGCAAAGAAACCGACAGGGAAGUGGGUUUGUUUCAAGUGCGAGCACGAUGGUGUGCGCGAUCCAGCCGACAACGGUACGAGCGAGGCGGAGACGGCGUCCCAGGACUCCUCACUCGGCGGUGUCGACGGCUUAGAUGGAGCCUCCUGUCUGCCGACUCCGUGCGACUCCCCCGUUAACGGAGAACCGAUGAACAUGUAUGCGACGGCGAUCAAGACGGAUGAGAUGCUGAACAAGGUAGGAGAGUGUCACCCAGGCAGCGACGAGAUCCCGGAUGCGUCCGACUGGGCGAUAGAGGAAGUCGUCAACUAUUUCAUCGAUGUCGGCUUCCUGGACCAGGCAGCGGCAUUCCGCGAGCAGGAGAUCGACGGCAAGUCGUUGUUGCUGAUGAAGAGAUCCGAUGUGCUUACCGGACUCAAUCUGAAGCUCGGACCUGCACUGAAGAUCUACAGUCACGUACGCCGACUGCAGAUCCGUGAGAACAGCCCCAGCGACUUCCUUCUCUAGAUGUCCGACGCAAACAACUCUAUCCGUUGAGAAUAGUUGGCGCCACUGAUACUAUCCAAAACACUUGCGGGCGCGAAUAGUUCUGGCGUAGACGCUGUUGUCAUUUUCGCGAAACACGGAUUGCGUUUGACAUGGAUGACGUGAGGUUGGAGGAUUGUGAUCACGUGGCGUUGUUGUAAACUCCCACCGGAAGUAGCAGACGACGUGGGCGACGUAUUUUCACCAGCAGCUCGUUUAAACUACCAAUAAUGAUGCAGUCUAAAACUACUGCUGUCUGGCAGCGGAGUACGAUGUUAACUGUAUGACGCUUACAUUUAUCGUGUGGGAAAAUGUAAUGGAAACGUCAUCACGCGCAUUGUGUGAACAUUCGUGAAUAAAUGAUUUAUAGAUUUUAAACAUUUAAUACGCGUAGGUAUCCGUUUGUAAACCUAAUUAUAUAAGUUUAUAUUUUUGAUUUACAUUUAGAAUAAACUCGUGUGAGUAUUAACCAUAGUGGAAAAACACCCGUAUGUCAGCGUCUAUCUUAGCUUCGUAUUUACUAUUACAAAUUGUUCUUAACAGAAAGUCAAAGCGUGUAAAUUUGGCGACGCGCUACUAUAAAACAAAUAUGAUAGUUAUGUUUAAGUCGUCGGCAUCAUACAUGCAGUGUUUGUUCGUAUGUUUAUGUGUUUGUUUGAUUGCUGUUUUUAUCUAAUAUUUUAAUAGGAUGAACCAAUUUCGGUCGUUGUCGUGAUUGAAGAUGUAUAAACAUAGAUACGUAGGUACUCGCGUAGGAGCGCGUGUAAUUUUUUGGAUUUUACUUACUUAGAUGCAUUAGGAUAAAUGUUCCUUCUAGUUUCAAAGUCCCCGGCGUGUCAAGACGGACGCGUGAUAAUCUUAAUGACAAUCAUCCUGUCGUUUAUCGUUUUCUCACAUCAAACUCGAUACUCUUUGUGUUUUAUUUAGGCCCAAGUGCAAGCGUAGCAAGCGUAUGGGAAACGUAGCUAUAUACUAUUAUCACGUCUCCUGUGUGUAGUUGUCGUUUCGUUUAGCUACUGUCGGAUGAUGACGUCAUGCUCUUCAUCCUCCCUUUGGAUAAGGAGCACAUGUAUGUCUUCAAAUUGUGUUUGGAAGACGCCGUGUCGAAUAUCGUACACUUUACAUUAUAGAUUCAUCAUUAUUUGAGAUACAAGCAAUCGUCGAGAUAUGAUCGACACCCGCGCAUGCGCUCUACCGUCGCCAGUUCUGUGUAAGGCGAAUUCGCUCAUAGACGCGUACGUGUAUAUUUUACAUGUGAAUCCUCAAUAAUCACACAGACGAAACAAUAUAGACUCACCCCAUCCGGCAGGUUUUCACGGACCUAUUUAUUUCAACAUCGGUGCGUAGAAUAUGUGUAAACCGCGCAAACCAUUGUUCAGUGCACGAGGAAACCCGUGGAUCCCGUACAUACAGGGGUCACUACCUGAUGAUGAUUCCUACUGAUGCAGUGGGUGACAGCGUCUUACAGAGCAGGUUCAUAUUUCCAAGUUUUUAGCCCUCGCGUCGUAAACUAAACCGUUUUCAUCGUUCGGCUGUCACUGCGCGCAAACAUGCGACCAUUCAUCGCUUGCUGGGAAUGGGAGCAGAGCACGGAAGGAGCAUAGCUUGUGCGCGUGUGUGUGAGCGCAUGGCGGUAAUGGUGUGUUGAGCAUUCAGUUAUGUCCGCGUCGCAGUGAGAGAUGCGUCGCUGUGCGCGCGUGAUCGCUGCUGCCUCGCACACAGUCAGUCGCCAUCGCGGACAUGUGUGCUCGUGUAGUAUAGAUAGGGUUCACUAGGCGCCUGUAGCGCUGCUAUACUUUACUGAUUCCCGGGUACGGAUGAUCGAUAAACCCGUUAGUACGUUAAGCCUAUAUAUUUAGUACGCCGGGCACCGGAUUUGAUUAAUAUAUGUAAAUAUAGUGUAAAUCCUAGAGGCAAUGUGUAUAUUAUUCUGUUAGGUAUCCAUACGUGUUCACGUUAAUCGCGAAGUAAUAAUAUAGACGCGUGUGAUAGCCAUAUAUUCACCGGCGGUAACCCUAUCGUAGCUGUAAACAGCCAUGGCAGUCUGCAUGUAUAACGUGUGUCUGCUCGUACGCAUGCGCGUUCUGUACAGGCAAACGCGACUUGGUAAACACCGGUGCAUUUCUUGUACACCUGUAAUAGCUAGAAUAAACGUCACUUUAUUUUUUCUCAAA